AUGGGCAUAACUCCAACACAGAAGCAACGCUGCCAGCGCAUAAUCGAACAGAUUCGCAGAUAUAGAAUAUCCAAGAUAUUUGAUAAGUCAGUAGACAGAGAUCUAUAUCCAAACUACUACGAAAUCAUUAAAAGCCCAAUGGCUCUUGAAGUUCUUGAAAUUAAGCUUAGAGAAAACAGAUAUAAUAGCAUAGAAGAGUUUAAAUCAGACAUUGCUUUAAUAUGGGAUAACGCAGUUAAAUUCAACGGUGAAACCAAUUGGAUUACAAUGUGUGCAAACUAUCUAAGGAUUGUCAGUCAAAAAUUGGUCGCCCACUUUACAGAUGAUCCUGUUCAAGAUUGGCUGACCGAAUUUAAGAUCAUCGAUGUUAAAGUUCAUAAGAUAUACAAGUAUAUUAACGAUCCCAAGGAAGGAUAUCCAAAGGCAGGACACAAACACCAUGGAGAAUCUUCUAAAUCAGCACAAGCCAUCAAAGAGAGCAAACAAGACCAUGCUCCUGUUGAAAAGGCUCCAGAACCAGAGCGCCGCUCACAGACAGAGCAGCGCCAAAAGGAAAGGAGGGCUGAUAGGUCAGGAACUACUGCUAGUCAGCCGCCAGCACCAGAACCUGCUAAGCCAGCUGCUCCUGCUAAUCCACCACCACCUCCAGCUCCAAAACCAGCUCAAAUUCAAAUUACAGACGAAAUUACUGAUCAAAUUCUCGACAAAUACCAAAAUGGAACUGAUGAAGAUGUCGAGAAAGUAUCAGAAAUCAUUGCAAAGCAUCAUCCAGAUAUUACCGAUGAUUCUGAAAUUGAUCUCAAAGAUUUGAGCCAAGACUGCCGCCGUGAGAUUGCAAGAUACUUCAAACUUAUUUGA